CCUUGAGCACUUGAUUACUUGAUUGAAGGCUAGCGAGUUAGCUACUCACCUUUAUAUCUUAGCACGCCGCCAUGGUUGCAAACUCUGAGAUCUGCAGCUACUUGAUCAGCGAGGGCGCAGAUUUGGCAGCAUCCCAGAGUGAUGGCUGGCGGCCUCUAGACAUCUUUCACUUAAGGGCCAUUCAGCAGGUUUCCUUAGCCGCAACAAUGGAACAUAACCGCAGCCAAUUUUUGAUGCAAGAUUCUAUGCAUUUCAGUCGAAUUUUCACUAAUACGGCCCAUGAUAACUCUGACGCUUUCGAUGAUAAUCCGGGCCUUUUUUUAGUCUCACCAAGGUUUCAUGAAUCAUCCUCCCGUGAAAUUGAGGUUUUGGAAGCGACUGUGGAGAACGGCCGCGAGUAUAUUAGACGAUGGUGCUCCUAUUUAAUCCAACAGGACGUCCGGUGCCCCGACCGCCCAUUUCCUAGACUGGAGAAGUUAGGAACGACGCAUCUUCAUCUGGAAGCCGCGCACGCGAUAUUGAAUCCAUGGGGACUUGAUAUGCUGGUAUUCUGUGGUGCCGACGUCAAUGCGGUGAAUACAAACGGCGAGAUUGUCUUGACACUAAUACUUCAGAGUGAAUCAGGCCAGCGAAGCCGACGCCUUUUACGCAACUGCCUCCGCUCUCUUCUUGCCCACGGCGCCAAACCCAGCAUGGUCGAUUCCUACGGAUUGACACCAACACUACACGCCUCGAAGUCGGGAGUCCUUGAAGGCUGGGCCGCUGAGCUCCAAUAUGCAGGCUACGACGUCUGUGAAAUUUCAAAGAAGGAUACGAGCCUCAUGGAGCAGCUCAUCGCUGAUCGGUCAAUUAAGGCUAGGAGAGGAGCAAUCUCGACCUCACUUGAGGGCAAUAUUGAUUAUCGACAGUUACCGACACGGCGAGCUCCGUGGACUGGGGUAACAGAGCAGGAAGAAUGAGAAAUGGCCAUGACCGCUACGAGGGAGCGAGCUGGCUCCAUGCCACACAGA